AUGGGUUGCGUGGCAUCGGCGAGCCCAAGCGAGGAAAGACUGCAGCUGCAGAAAGAGGCGGUGCUGGUGGCAGAAGGUUGCCAUGGAUCGGUGACAUACCGGAACUUCAGUGCACCAGGCAAGCGAUUUGGCUGGAAGAAAACCUGGGUCCGCAAUGCAUCGAUCUACGUGCUCAACGACAAGGUGGCGUACUUCAGUGGCAACAGGCGACUAGGCAAUGUUGAGUUUGCUGAUGCUCGCUUCCAGCACUUGCAGUCGUCGGUCGAAGAUGGGAGCGUGCUGCUUCUGUGCAAUGAAGAUUGUAGCAUUUUCAAUCCUAAAAUGUCAGGCUCUGUAGAUGUGCGAAUCUCCACUGCAAAUGCAGCGGACUUGCAUGCCAUGUUGCUCAGUCAUCAGCAAGAACGCUGUUGA